UUUUGGAUUAUCAUUUGGUAUCAUAGUCAAGUUGAUCAGAUGGUUAUCCUAAUCCAACCUACCAUCCCAUUUUUUGAAGGAAAUGGAUAUGAUACUUGGAGCGUAAAGAUGAUGACUCUUUUUAUCUCUGAAGAUCUGUGGGAGCUUGUGGAUAAGGGUUAUGUGGAAGAGGAAAUUCCAAGAGAUGCUAUUAGAGAUGUACGAAAGAAUGAUGCUAAGGCAUUGUUUUUUAUUCAACAAGCAAUCUCGGAGAGUAUUUUUCCUCAAAUUUCAAAGGCAACAAAGUCUAAGGAAGCAUGGGACACUUUGCAAACAAAAUAUCAAAGCACAAGCCUGGUUGCAGCUCAAGAUGGAGAUGGCAGCCAAACUGACAUCCCAGUCAUGGAUGACUCUGUGUAUGAGGCAGCAGCGAAGGGCGACAUUGAAGUUCUGAGGAAAAUUCCAGAGUCCGAAUUUCAUGCCCAAUUAAGCCCAAAGCAUAACACAAUACUCCAUAUUGCAAGUGAAUUCGGUAAUAUAGAGUGUGUGAAUUGGAUCCUUGAUUUGCCUUCAUCUUCAUCUCUACUGCAACGCCCUAAUUUGAAUGAGGACACUCCCCUUCACCUUGCAGCAAGGGAAGGGCAUUUGAUGGUCGUGGAAGCUCUUAUAAAUGCUGCAAGAGAACCUACCCUAGAUAUUGAAACUGGGCCUGGACCACAUAAGGUUAUGCUGAGGAUGAAAAAUAAGAGGAAAGACACAGCCUUGCAUGAGGCAGUGCGAUAUAGGAAUUAUUGGGUGGUGAUGUUAUUGAUUAAGGAGGACCCCGAUUUUAUCUAUGGUGCUAAUGAUUCAGGUAUCACUCCUCUUUACAUGGCUGUGGAGGGAGGAUUUACAGCCGAGGUGAAACUAAUCAUUGAGAACAGUAGUACUCCUUCUUACAAUGGCUUAAUGGGUAGAAAUGCCUUGCACGCUGCUGUAAUAUGCAACAACAAAGAAAUGACAAAGAUGAUACUGGAAUGGAAGCCAGACCUCACCAAAGAAGUAGAUAAGAAUGGAUGGUCUCCACUUCACCAUGCUGCAGAGAGAGGUGAUCUAGAAAUAGUGAAGCUAUUGCUAGAAAAAUCAGAAAAGAGUGUAGCCUACCUUAGGAGCAAAGAAGGGAAGAAGACUGCCCUUCAUAUUGCAUCUUUCCACCAUCAUACAAAAAUAGUAGAGGAGAUCCUAUCUCACUCUCCUGGUUGUCGGGAGCAGGUCGAUGAUGAGGGCAAUAAUGUUUUUCACUUUGCUAUGAUGAAACAGGUAGACCAUGAUUUUAAACCUAGUAAGUACUUUGACAAGGAGUGGUUAAAGGCGAGAGGACUUGUAAAUGAGAAAAAUGCUCAAGGAAACACACCCAUCCACCUGCUCUCUCUUAAUCAAAUUUUAGAUUUUUGGUUCGUAUACAAGCUCAAAGUGGUGGAUAAGAAGGCGUACAACAAUGAAGACUUGACAGCUUAUGACAUAAUUUUGAGGGCCAAAGAGGACAUUUCCGGGAAAAAGGUAAGGCUCCCAUAUAACUUCAGUUAUAUGUUUAUUGGCAAAUGCUAG